AUGGAUUUAUUACAUCCUCCUUUACAACCCCUCCAAAUUCACCCAAAUAUGAAUUCUGUGGAGGAACAUUUUAAAAACUUUUCGAGACGUGCUCAACGUAUUUGCCAUGAAAACGAAAGAAGCAAUCUUCUCGCAUUGAUGAGAUUAGUACUAAAUUCUCUUUUGGACGAUCAAAUUCGAGGCACUCGAAUAUUGGACUUGGUAGAAUCUCAAGUAAUUAGUGAUUUCUUCAUUAUAUUCGAAAAGUGCCUUUGGCAUGGGUUUAAAGUGCCAGGUUUCUUUUUUAAUUUUAGCCUUAACUCUGUAAUGUCGUCGUGUACCAGGCCCCAUUCUCCUUUUCAAAAUUAAUCCUUUUGAUUAAUGGGGAGAUUCAGGUUCGUUGCCUGGCCGCAGUUGCUGAAUUCUGCUAAAAGCCUUUGUGGUUGGUCCGAUUAUGCUAAAAAAUAUAAAAAGUGGAAUUUGGGAAGCAAAUCUGGGCAUUAUUAUACCUUGAAGAAUAAAACUUGUGAAGGAGAAAGGGGCCGAUAAACGACUAUAUGACUUUCUAAAUCUCUUAAAUUUCCAAGUUUUAGCUUCUUCCAU